ACCCCGUCACGUGACGCAAGGGGCGGACCCUUCUUUACUCCGCUGCAGCCAUGAGCAAAAAGAACCAAGUUUCGUACGUGAAGCCCGCCGAACCCGCCUUCCUGAGCCGCUUCAAAGAGAGAGUGGGCUUCCGGGAGGGGCCCACGGUGGAGACCAAGAGGGAGCAGCUCCCUGCUCCUGAUGACGAUGAUGACGCAAGUGAUAAGGAGGAUGAGCAGCCACAAGUGAUUGUACUGAAAAAGGGUGAUCUAACUGCAGAAGAAGUAAUGAAGAUAAAAAAUGAAAUGAAAGAGGUUUCCAAGACUACAGAUCCUGAGCCAGAAGAUGGGAAGAUUGUGUUCAGGAAACCUUCCAAGCGUUUGUCGGAAGAGAAAUAUUCUGGUUUGACAGCCACAUCAAGUAAGAAGAAGAAAGAAACAAAGAGAAUAUCUCCAGCCUCCCAAAAUACAAGCAAGCAAGUAAAAAAUAGCAGCUUGCUCUCAUUUGAUGAAGAAGAGACUGAUGAUUAGGACGAUUUAAAUGUUUUUUUUCCUUAGAGGCUGGGAGUUAAGUUAGAGACAGCAUGCAAACAGGCACAGAGCCUGAUACUUAUUUUACAACAACUUUAAAAAAAAUAAUGACCAAACUUAGUUGUAGAAGGAGAUGGGAGCAGGAAUUUUAAAAAAUAAAUGCAAGUAAUGUGAAUAUACCAUGCACAGUACACAAAACUGUUUCAAACACAUGUCUCUGCCAUCCAUUUGUCUCUCUUUGUUUCUGCAACAAUUACAUUGCCAAAUGUUAGCAUCUGUGUAUGCUUUUUACCAGUUACACCUAAUAGGAGUGUGAGAUCUCUUGACUAAAACUCUGAAACCUUGCCUUGGCAAAGUUUUGAGUGUUAUCUCAAAGGACUGAAAGAAUUGUUGAGAUUCUGAUCACACUGUGUAUAUUGAUUUCAAAAGAGACGUCCUGCCACAGAGUGUGCUUUGGUGGAAAAAUGUUUGGAAGUUCACUGUGUUCUGUAACCGAGAAUGGAUUUUGUGUUGCUAUGAAACAAGUAGCAGGAUUAACAAUGUAAAGCUUCAUCAAGAAGCAGAUCUGAAGUUGCUGUGUGCAACAGCUGUUUUUCAUAUAGCUGAUAUUUUAAUGCCAAGAUUAAAUGCUUGUAAAAUAAUUUUCUGUUUAAUUCAGUUUUCAUCUACUGUUCUUUAGAAAAUAAAAUGAUGUUCUCCGUC